AUGCAUCCAUGUGCUUUUCUUCUGCUGCUGGCUUUGGCUCUUCAUCUUGCUUUACCUGCGGUCACAUUUGAGGACAUUUGUAUGAACGACAGAGGAGUCAUUCUGAGAGCCUUCGAGCAGUUCAGACUGAAAUCGUGUGUUGACUUUAAGCCCAGAGGAGCAGAAGAGUUUUACAUCUCUGUGGAGAGUCAUGAAGGCUGUUGGUCGUAUAUCGGACGCUCGUCUCCUGGAGGACAGACUCUUUCCAUCGGAAAACACUGUGGAAGAAAAGGCAUUGUUGAGCACCAGUUUCUCCAUGCUCUGGGACUCAACCAUGAGCAGACGAGAUACGACAGAGAUGAUUACGUCACAAUCAAAUAUGAAAACAUCAGGAAAGGAUAUGAGAGUAAAUUGAAUAAACACAGUGAGAACAUGUCCUCUACACAAGAAACCCCAUAUGAUUAUUACUCUGUGAUGCAUUUUGAUAAAAAUGCCUUCAGCAACGGUAACGGAUCCACGAUCAUAACCAAGAGUCCUGAGCUCCAAGACGUGAUCGGACAGCUAAUGGAAAUGAGCGAGUACGAUACGAUCGAGCUCAACCAACUCUACAAGUGCAAUUCCUCCGUGUCUUUCCUCGAUCACUGUAGUUUUGAUGAUGAAUCUCUGUGUCAGAUGAGCGUCUGUUCUUCUGCUGGUGACGGCUGGCAGAGAGUGAAGUCAGUGAGUGGCAUCGAUGUGACCGACCACACAUACUUGGGCAAAGAACAGAACGGAACGUCUUUCUUCAUGCACUUCAGCACUGAGGGCAGAAACGAGGGCGACUCAGCCAGAUUGGAGAGCAAGACAGUGACCCCUACGAGAGACUGCAAGGUCCAGUGCCUGCAGUUCUACUACUAUCACAGCGGUCAUGAGUCUGACCAGCUCAACAUCUGGAUCCGAGAGCAGCAGAAUCAAGGAGCUCUCAGACUCAUGGAUCAGAUCACAGAAACCCCUGGGAAUUACUGGAAGCUGCAUCAUGUGCCGCUGAAUGCAAAUACAUCUUUCCAGGUUGUGUUUGAAGCACGUAAAGGAGCUGGAAACUCCAGCGGAGGCUUCUCACUGGAUGAUAUCAAUAUUUCAGAGACAGAGUGUCCCUUCAUAUGGCAGAUAAGAGACUUUGAGAAGGAACUGAACAGUGGGUUGGGCAUUUGGAGUCCACUGUAUUACUCCAGUGAUCGGUAUCGCUUUGUGGGUUUUUUAUUGUUGUUCGAUAAUCAACUUCAAAUGUAUUUGUUUCUGGUAUCUGGAGCAUAUGAUGAGCAUCUGCAGUGGCCUUGUCCAUGGAGACAAAUCACCGUCCAGAUCCUGGACCAGAAUCCACACAUCCAGAAGCGCAUGUCCUUUGAGCAGAGCAUCACCACUGACCCUUAUUUGACUUAUAAUGGUGGCAGGUAUUUCUGGGACAAACCUCAAUAUGGUCCAUUCGCCAUCAGUGAUGAGUCUGUAUUUAUUGGUGAAUAUUCCUAUGUUGUGCUCUUAACAAAAGAAGAUCUCACCAGAAGAGAGUUUAUCAAGGGUGGAGACCUCAUAUUGCUCUUCACUAUGCAAGAUAUCUCAGCGCUGCUUCAGAACGACUCUCUACCCUGCCCUAAAGUGACCGUGAAGAACUUCAAUGUCUCGACUGACACAAGCGUCCAGCAGGAACCAUGUGCUACAAGAGUUGUUCCCACAACCCGGCCGAUCUCAACAACUACAGCAACUACAGUAGAGCCCAAAGAGGGGUAA